AUGCAAGCCUUAUGUCGUCGACGUCUUGUCCCGGCUCCUCUUUGUGUCCGCUGCAGUUUAAAAGAAGAAUCGGUUGGUCAUAUGCUCUCAGAUUGUGACCGCUCCCGUCUCAUUUGGCGUUUAUCUGCCUUGGGCUUUGAUUUCUCCACUGGGCAGGCAUGGUCAUUUGCAGAUUGGUUCAUUGAUUGGAUGAAAAACGUCCCGACCGACGAUCUUCGUUGUCAAUCUUUGUUCCUUCUAUGGAAAAUUUGGAAAGAUCGUACUCCUCAGUUGUUUGAUGAUGCGACACUCCCUCUGCCCCAUGAGGUGUUUCAUCAAGCCCUCUUGCACUUUCAACUGAGCAAUCCCCUGCCUACAUCGACUCCCUUUGAUCUGAUGUCUGAUUUUGAUGAAGAUGAGCUUGAGGAGAUUGAAGUGGAGGAUAGUUCACUGCCUGCUAUGUUGGAUUUGCCUACUGAUGAUUCAUUGAUGGUAGAAGUCCAGAUUAACACGAAGGACCAAACGAAAAGCCGGAAGGUCAAGGCCGUCGAGCGAAAGUCCAAAAAUCUCCUAAGCGGCGCAGGGUAA